ACCACUAUCUGAAAGAGAAACAGAAAUGUCUGGGCCUGAAAAAUCAUAAGCUGAUAACUGAUGUUGCCACAAGGUGGAACAGUGCAUACGACAUGGUCGAGAUGUUCUUGGAACAACAACCUGCAAUAUGUGCCACCUUGCUGUCUCCAGAGGUGAGAAAAGGACAGUCAGACCUCUGCACUCUUAACGAAACAGAUGUGUCAAAUGCAGAGGACGCUGUGAGUGCAUUAAAGCCAAUGAAGGAUGGAACCACUCUGAUGUCAGAAGAGAGCAAUCCAACUGUGUCUCUCAUUGCUCCAAUAAAUGCACAACUCCUCCAGAACAUGACAGCCACCAUUGGAGACUCAGCGAUGAUCCACGCGAUCAAAAAUGCCAUCACAACAGAUCUCCUGAAGAGGUACAACGGUGAGGCAGAAAAGAAGAUCCUUCAUACAGCCUCUGCCCUGGAUCCCCGUUUUAAGGGACUGCCUUUUCUAACAGUGGAGGAGAGAUUGGAGAUCUACAGAGGAGUGACUGAGGAGGCUACAUCCUUGGAGAAUGAGAGGACACUCAGGAGGACAGAAGUGAUUGACGGCCCUUCUGCUCCCAAAAGAAAGGCCUCAUCAUCAUCACUUCUCGUGAGUUUGCUGGGACGGUCUUUCACUGACACUGAAGGUACAGCAGAACCCAAGACCCCCUAUGCCAUUGCUGAGGAGGAAAUAGAGAGAUACUGUAAAGCAUCAUCUCUCCCUCUGACUGAGGACCCUUUGAACUGGUGGCGUGUCCAUGAGAUCACAUUUCCCCUCCUCUCACGGGUGUCAAAGCGAUACUUGUGUAUCCCAGGCACAAGUGUGUCUGCAGAGCGAGUUUUCUCCACUGCAGGAGAUGUGGUCACCGCAAAAAGAAGCACUCUCGAACCAGAACAUGUGGAUCAACUAGUGUUCUUGCAGAAGAACCUACACAUUCCCAAAUGCUGAGCAGUGAGUCAUGUUUUUAUUGUUUGGCACAUUCAGGAAGUGCCCUGUGCCCAGUGCUGCUAUUUGAAAACAUUGUUGUAGAUUACAGCACUGCAGAAUGUUUUGUUUUUGAGGAUUUACCUUUUUUUACACUAUAGGUAGGCCAGGCCUAUACUAUUUAUUUCAUUUCAAUUUAAUAAACAUGUUGAUAUGACACACAUGGUAGUUCAAUGCUACCUGUUGUCACACUCAUAAUGAUGUUUGGCACUUUUAGGAAGUGCCAUGUUAUAGAGCAGAAGACAAAGAAGUGGUUUGAUCGAUUUGUAAUGUACUUUCUAUAGAAUAAAAAAAGUUCAUAUUUA